UGCAAUAUAGUUUUGACUCGAAGAAAACAAUUUCAGAGUGAUAAGAUAGCCAAUCAACCACCCAGCCACAUUCGCGUAUAUUGUAAUUGUAGAUGACAUAUUCAGAAAUACUUGUUCCUAUUGUUAGAAUUUUCAGAAGUAUCCUUUUCUGUUAUGAAGAAUAUUUCGAAGGUAUAACUACUUGUAUCAUCGUGUGAUUCACAUAAGUUUUUUAAUAUAUUAAUAAUAAUGGCAGAAAUUGAAUGGCCAUGGCAAUACAGUUUUCCUCCUUUUUUUACACUUCAGCCUCAUUCAGAUACUAGAGCUAAACAAUUAGCAGCGUGGAAAAGUUUAAUCCUAGAAUAUUAUCGUGUAACAAAACAAGCUAUUAUAGAUAUAAGAGAAGUGCAUUCAAGCCCAUUAUUUAAUAAUACUACAAUUAAUCGCAAAUUACCAUCAGAGGCUAUUUUAUUGGUAUUGGAAGAAUUAGCAAGAUCAGGGAAUGCAAGCCCAUUAGAUAAGACAAGACAAAGGUGGCUAAUUUAUUGGCAUACUUUGGAAGAAUGGGGUGAAAUUAUUUAUAACUGGGCACAAGAGAAUGGAUUUGUCGGUUCCGUAUGUACUUUAUUUGAGUUAACACAAGGAGAAGAUACAACAAAUCAGGAAUUUUAUGGACUUGAUACAGAAGUAUUAAUCAGAGCACUUAAAACAUUGGAAGGAAAUAAGAAAGCAGAAUUAAUUUUAUUUGAUGAUAAUCAAGGUGUUAAGUUCUUUUAGACACAUAAUUGUACAAAAGAAUUGCUUUGUAAAUGUUAAAUACAAAUCUUCACUAUUUUCAAGGUAUAUAUAUGUUUAUGAUUAAACAAGCAUUUUUAAAGAUAUAAUUAAACAAAUUUGAAAGGAAUUCAUAUAAUUGAAGAAUAUGAAACUAUAGAAAGAAUUCAUAAUGUACAUUUUCAAAUAUGAUUAGAAAAGAUUAUUCCUAAGAUUAUAUUAAUAAAAUCUAAAUUAAUAAAUAUUAUAUAUGUACAGAAGUGAAACAGUAUUAAAUAUAAUUUUUAUAUUAGUUGUAUUCUAUAAAUCUGUGGAAUGUUUUAAUAUAAUGGAAUAUAUAAAAUAUUUAAAAUUUCACAUAGAAAAGUAAUUGCAAUAAAAUAUUUUUUUUAAAUAAGAAAAACUAUGUAUUUUUAACACAUUUAUGAACAUAAAUAAAUCAAGGUUUGAUCUUUCAAAGUA